AUGACGCCUUCAGAAUUGGCUGAACUGCGUAGACAGUUGGAUGAGUUACUGGAGUCUGGCUAUAUUCAACCAUCCAAGGCACCGGUGACUGUGAAGAACAAGUACCCAGUGCCUAAUGCUGCAGAUUUAUUUGACAGGUUGUCAAGGGCAUCCUACUUUACUAAGCUGGAUUUACGUGUAGGCUACUGGCAGGAGAAGUGUGAGUUUUGUCGCCAAGAAGUGUUGUUUUUGGGAUAUUGGAUCAGUAAAGGCCAUGUCAGAAUGGAUAAGCGAAAGGUGAAAGCCAUUCUUGAUUGGUUUGUACCAACUAAAGUUACAGAGUUGAGAUCCUUUCUAGGAUUGGCAAACUACUACAGAAAGUUUAUAAAGGGGUAUUCCAAGAAGGUCAGUCCUUUAACGGACUUACUAAAGAAGGACAAACAGUGGGUUUGGUCUGAGGAGUGCCAGAAAGCUUUUGAGAUGCUUAAGCAGGCAUUGUCUACAGAACCGGUCUUGAGACUGCCUGACUUUGGUUUACCAUUUGAAGUGCAUACUGAUGCCUCUAACAGAGCAAUUGGUGGGGUCCUAGUCUAG